AUGGCCAAUUGGCCAGAUGCUUUCAAAAGGAAUCUAGUUGACACUGCAAAUCAUGAAAUAUCUUACUUUUCUGUGAAAUUCAUUGGUCAGUCGUACAAGUUUGGGGAGAAGAUAGGCAGCUAUAUGUUUGAAGAUGACCCUGGCCUUUCUCCACAAUCUGGCUCUUGUCAAGAUCCUUCAAAGCAACAUAAAACAGCUUACCGCUGCAGGAAAUGCAGGAGAAUUAUUGCUGGGCAGGACAAUGUUGUCAGUCAUGUUCCUGGUGAGGGUGAAUCUUGCUUUGAUUGGAACCGAAGGAAGAGUGGUCAUCCAUACAACCACAAGGAACAAGAUUGCUCGUCUUUAUUUGUUGAGCCACUGAAGUGGAUGACUCCAGUAGAAGAUGAUGCUUUGGAGGGGAAGCUAUCAUGCAUCCACUGUGGAGCACGGUUAGGAUACUUCAGCUGGUCAGGAAUACAGUGCAACUGCGGCAGCUGGGCUACCCCUGCCUUCCAAAUUAUUAAGAGCAAAGUUGAUAUCAGCACCAUCUAG